AUUCGUUUUCAAAGUAAGGGUAUUUUUUUGUUUGUUUUAAUGUAGACUUUGACAAAUUCAAUGCUGGUAUGACCUUUUAGACCAGACUUUAGAAGAACCUUGUAUCGCAUUUCGUUUUUGGGCAGAGCACCAUCUCAUCUCAACCGUACAGACGGAGAAACAAACGUAGAAAGAAAUAUGUGCACGUUGGAGAAGAUAGGCAGCAUCUUUAUACUAAGCCUCACGGGCCCAGGUGAGCACAGGCUAAACCCAACUCUCAUCGAUGCUAUUCACUCAGCCCUACGCAGGGUCCGGUCCGAGGCCUCCUCAUCUUCUGCCCUGAUCACCACCGCCCACGGCAAGUUCUUCUCCAAUGGCUACGACCUCGAUUGGGCUGGGGCAUCCCAAUCCAGAGCCCUUCUUCUCGAUUCCAAUCUCAAAUCUCUCGUCGCUGACCUUAUAUCGCUCCCCGUGCCCACCAUAGCCGCCGUCUCCGGCCACGCCUCUGCCGCCGGAUUCAUUCUCGCUUUCAGCCACGACUACGUCCUCAUGAGGAAAGACAGGGGCUUCCUCUACAUGAGCGAGCUUGACAUUCGCCUCCCGAUCCCAACCUGGUUCGUGACUUUAAUCAAGUGCAAGGUCGGCGCUCCAGCGGCUCGGCGGCUUCUUCUUCUUACGGCGGCCAAGGUGACGGCUAAGGAAGCCGUGGAGAAGGGAAUAAUUGAUUCAGCGCACGAUAGCGCCGAGUCGACGGUUGCAGCGGCGGUUGGUCUGGCGAAGAAGUUAGUCGAGAGGAAGUGGGAUGGAGGCGUGUACGCUCAGAUAAGGAUGGAGCUGUUCUCUGAGGUUUUGGGCGAGAUUCGUGUGACCAACACUGGAUCGAGGCUAUGAUUGUUGGGCCGAGUCGGGUCUAGUGAAGGUCCAUGUAUUUUAUCAUAAAAUUUGUAUUUUAUAUUAAGAAUAAAAAUAAGAGUAUUUGUCACAUAAAUAA